CACGUUCGAACACAACGGUCUCAGGGUCGGAGAUCAAAAGGACCAUUGGAACUGGAAAAAAAUUGAAUCGGGAACUCUCGAAUCGCCUGCAUCUUGAUCAGUCGAAAUAGUAACCAAAAGCCGAUGAUGAUCAGCCUCUGUUGAAAUUCAUGAUAAAAGCUCCAAAGAGCAAACAUUCCAAAAAGCCGCCCUGUGGCCGGGAAGAUGACAAAAUCUGAAGCGAGCUUAAAAGGCGCUCCCAAAGCAAAAGCGAAACAAGAUGAAGCCAUCAUCGGCACAAAUGACUACAGCAUUGUCUCGAAGAGAAGCGUUGAAAAGCUGUACUACAAAGACGAGCCAGAGUUUUAUCGUGCAUUUGUGCAUAAAUUCAAGCGAAGAACCCCUUUAAUAAAUCGAGGAUAUUGGCUACGGAUGCGAGCGAUUGAGACUGUUGUGAAGGAUUUCCUUGACGAGAAGACGGAUAAGAGCAAGGCUAUUGUGAAUCUUGGAUGUGGAUAUGAACCCUUAGCUUUCCGCAUGUUAUGGAAGUAUCCUUCACAGUGCCACAAUGUGAGAUUUGUGGACAUAGACUUCCCAGAACUCAUCGCAAAGAAGAUCCAAAUUAUCGAGCAAGAACCCGUUCUGAACCAGCGAUUGGGUCACCAGCCUACAGAGGACAUGUCGUUCCCGGCAAUCAUGUUUUCGAGCCCGCAGUAUUACGCAGUGGGGUGUGAUCUUGGGGACCAAAAGAAGUUGCAAAACGUCUUUUUAAAUGGACUCAAGCUUGGCCACGAUGCUGUCUUGUUCAUCGGUGAAGUCUCGAUUGUAUAUAUGCCGCAUCAAGAGUCUACGAAAGUGAUUGAGAUCUGUGGCAAUAUAGCGGAUGCUCGAUUUUGUUUGCUUGAAAACCAUAUUCCUGCUGGAGCUGAUCACCCUUUCGCUCGAACAAUGAUCGAUCAUUUCGACAAGCGCACUCCACUACGAGGUCUUUCAGUCUAUUGCAACAUUAAAGCACAGAGGGAACGAUUUCUUAAUGCCGGUUGGCACGAGGUGCAAGCAACAGAUCUCUGGAGCUUAUGGCAGAAUGAUGACUUCGUUAAUGAAACAGAGAGAUUAUCACUACAGAAGUUCGAGCCUUUUGACGAAUACGAAGGAUUUGCUCUUUUCGCCGGACAUCACUUAUUGUUGCUAGCUACGACUGCGGAUGCUUCCUUCGCCGCUUCAUGUUGGGUACAAAAAAUAACGAAUAUGACAAUCUCCAAAUGCGAAUCCUCUGUAAAUCCAAUGCUGAUCAAUGUUAAGAUGACAGAACUUCCGCAAAAUCAUGGCCGAGCGAAUGGCAUCGUUAUAUCACCGAAUGCUAGUACGUUGAUUCAUUGUGGUGGAUCUACAAGCAACCCGCGACAAGGUCCUUAUGACAUAUAUGUAUGCUCUGGCUCUAGCUCAAUUUCUCUCGUUCGGCCUCCGAUAGAUCAAAGCUACUCCACAUGUUCGUCUAUGAGUAAUGGUGCAUUCUUGCUCACUGGGGGUCGCACAUCGCCAAUUCGUCCGAGUGAAAAGUGCUAUCUGUACCAAGAUGGAAUGUGGAUAUCUGUUCCCGCUCUUGAGCCUGCGAGAUACAGACAUUGUGCUGCGGCCGUAACUAUUGCGGAUCAACCUGGAGUGCUUGUGGUGGGAGGUCGAACCGUAUCUGGAAUGGUGUUGGAUACCUGGUCACUCUUUUUGGACAAUAAAUGGCAUACUCUUCAUGUUUCUGGUUGCCGACCACCAGGACUGUUUGGUGCUACAUUAGCAACAAUUGGCUCUGACGACGGUGUGCUCGUUGGAGGGUUGAAUGAGAAUGGGAAGUUUGCAACUGGCCAAGCCCUUGGUUUCUGGUAUUGGAAGCUGCAGGCGACGAUCGCGGGUCUCUUUGAAGCCAGUGUCUCCUUUUUAGAAGCGAAGAACGAGGGAGACAGGCUUUUAACAAACUUGCAACGUUUCGGGGCGACCUCAACACAAACGAGUGCGGGCACGUUGAUAAUCGGUGGGAUUGGCCCUCUUGGACCACUACAACGUAAUGAAGAACUUAUCUUGUUGAAGCCUGACUGGUCUGUUCAAUCAUACCAGUUGAAUAUCAGCCCUACCCAUCCAUUGCCGAUGUUUAUUGGCCACAGUGUGGCCAAAAUAACCGAUGAUGAAUUUAUUAUCGUUGGAGGCGGUGUUGUUUGCUACUCUUACGGCGUUUACUGGAAUAAAGAGCUCCUAAAAAUAUCGUUCAAUUCGGGCGAUUCAGAAGAUCAUCAAUGGACACUUAUCAGCGGAUCAUCAAAGGAUGACCUCAGAAUUACGGCUCCCUCGAACCCGCCAAGCGGCUGCCAAUCAGAUAUAAAUAAGCAGCGAAGGCACUCACAGUCAAGCGAAAGUACCAUUCCAGGCAUUAGAGGUGCUCAGAUUGACCGCCUAGCCGACAAAUCGACAAUAAAUAAGUUUCUUCACAGGCAAAGAUCACUCCCAAUUGUUCUCGAGAAUUUGGAUCUUGGCUUGUGCACUGAAUUAUGGACCGCAGAAUACCUCAAAGAAAAGGUUGGACCGGAGAAGCCAACUAUCAUUCAUCAUUCCAACAGCCCCCAUUUAUCAUUCCGAGAAAAAAACUUUCGCUACGUUACUGUGCCCUUCGCUGAAUUCAUGGACGAAGCAAAAGCCGGGUCCCACGUUUACAUGCGCGCUUUGUCCGUUUCUAAUCCUUCGAGACUUCCAGCGAGGCUGUCUGUCGACUACCCAGAAUUAGCAAAAGACUUCACACUUCCAGGUGAGCUUGGGUUCGUAGAGGAAUAUCAGCAUAGCUCCGUUCUUCGGAUUUCAGGCAACGUCAACAUGUGGCUGCACUAUGACGUGAUGUCGAAUGUACUGUGUCAAAUCAGGGGGUCAAAACGCAUUUUGCUUUUCCCACCAAAGGAUAUCUCUCUACUUGAGUUUCCGCCAGGAGAAACUACAUCUAAUUUGGAUGUAUUUGCAGUCGAUGGAACCAGAUUUGCGAACUGCUCACCGAUGGAAGCCACUUUAUCUGCUGGCGAAGUGCUUUUCAUACCCGCUUGCUGGCCGCAUGCUACAACACCAUCCAUGCAAUGCGAGGACGGUAAUUUCAGUGUUGCAGUGAACAUCUUUUUCAAAAGUCUUGAUGGCAACUUGUACGCUGCUGGGCGAGAUGUAUACGGAAACAGGGAUCUGGCAAUGUACGAGAAUGGCAGGAGAGACAUCAACAAGAUCAUCAAACUCUUCGGAAGUGAACACUCUACUGAUUCUGAAACUGAUAAACUUUUGGAGUUCUCCGAGCAUUUGAGAAACAAUCAGCGAGCUUCUGGACAGCAAGUGGGGGUCAGGGAGAUCAAUAGAAUUCUUCACAGCGCAAGCAGCUUCCCGAAGGAAAUUGCAAACUUUUAUUUGUCGAGGCUAGCAGAUGAACUUCAGAUGCUGUGCGCGGGUAAAUAAGUAUUCAAAAUCAGUUUAGUGCUAUAGACAUCAAUCUUUAGGGCUGCAUAACUUCUAGAAUUACAUAUCGCCGAACCCUUCC